ACAAAAUUCAGUUACAAUGGGGAACGUUUUUGAAAAACUGUUUAAAAGUCUAUUUGGGAAAAAAGAGAUGCGGAUUCUUAUGGUGGGUUUGGAUGCCGCUGGAAAAACCACCAUCUUGUAUAAAUUGAAGCUGGGAGAGAUUGUGACUACCAUCCCUACGAUAGGUUUCAACGUGGAGACGGUAGAAUAUAAAAACAUCAGCUUCACAGUCUGGGAUGUUGGUGGCCAAGACAAAAUCAGACCUUUGUGGCGACAUUAUUUCCAGAACACACAAGGUCUGAUUUUUGUGGUCGACAGUAAUGACAGAGAGCGGGUCAAUGAAGCCCGAGAAGAACUAACCAGAAUGUUAGCCGAAGAUGAGCUCAGAGAUGCAGUUUUAUUGGUGUUUGUAAAUAAACAGGAUCUUCCCAAUGCUAUGAACGCAGCAGAGAUAACGGACAAGCUUGGCUUACAUUCCCUCCGCCAGAGAAACUGGUACAUUCAGGCUACUUGUGCCACCAGUGGAGAUGGGCUUUACGAAGGCCUGGAUUGGCUCUCCAACCAGCUCAAAACCCAGAAGUGACGGGCAGCACUGCGUUCCCUGUGCGUCGUGGCAAAGUCAGCUGGCCUCUGCUGUGUGCAUGUGUGCGUGUGAGGAGCUGAGUGUUGGCGCGUGGCCGGGCGUGGGAGCAGCUUUCCCACAUGGUGCCUUAUACGCCCUCUAAGGAAACCAGUCCUACAUGGUGCAAACAACCAGUGUUACAUUUUAUAUGCCACCUUCCAUUUCCAUAGCUUUGGUGACCAGUUUUGCAGUCGAUGGAGGAGUCCCGAGGGCUCCCUGGUGCCCGAUAGCCAGAGUGGUCUUCGUGGUGGGAAGAAGGUGGAGGGUGGGCCCUGGACUGACUUCCUUUGUGUGGUUCUAGUCCAGGUCUGGGCUCUCUGCACACCUGGGGGUCCUGUUAGACUUGGCAUCCUUUCGUAAAAA